AUGUUAACCAAACCCUUGACACUCCUCCUCCUCCUCCUCCUCCUCCUCCUCCUCUUCACCCGAACCUCCUCCGAACCCUGCGGCAACAAGUGCGGCAGCCUCCAAAUAAAGUACCCCUUUGGUACGGGCCCCGGCUGCGGCGACCCUCACUUCCAACCCUACAUAACAUGCAACCCCCAACAGCAGCAACUCACCCUCUCCACCCACACCGGUUGCUACCCGGUCACCUCCAUCGACUACGCCACCCAACUCCUCCGCAUCGCCGACCCCACCAUGUCCACCUGCACCUGCACCCGCCCCAGCCGUGGCUUCGGCCUCGACUGGGACGCCCCUUUCUCCUUCCACCACUCCACCGUCUUCGCCCUCCUCGACUGCAACAACGCCUCCUUCUCCUCCUCCUCCUCAUCUUCCGCUGAUCAUCAUUUCCCUAUGUGCGACAUGGAAGGGGCCGACAUUUGCACCUUCCUCUACUCGUGCGAGGCCGUUGGCAGGCUCAGCCUCCCGGUGUCCUCGUGCUGCGUGUACGCGCCAGUCGACCUGGGCCCCGCAUUCGAGAUGGACCUGGGGAAGCUCGGGUGCGGAUCCUACUCGGCCGUGUACGGGUACAAUGGCCAGCAGUCCAACCCGCAGGUCUGGGACUAUGGGAUCGCCAUCAACUACAAGUUCAACUACGCCAACGAUUAUCCGGGGCGCUGCGCGAGCUGCGAGAAGAGCAACGGCGUGUGCGGGUACGAUGUGGGCCCCGCCGGGACUUUCCUUUGCAACUGCCCUGGAGGGGUUAACACGUCCACCGAUUGUUACUAUGGGCAGAGUUGGAGCUCCACUGGGACUCUUGCAGCCUUUUCCCUGACAUGGUUCUGGUUCGUCGGCAUCUCGGCCUUUGUGUAG